CCCUUCGUGACCCGCCCACCCACCGCCGCUGCUGCUCCCCGCACUGGUGGUCAGGUGUUCGGUGUUUCAGAGUCGUAAACUUGACAUUAAGGAUAACUAAUCGGAUUUUGUGUCGAGGACAAACGCAGCCGUGGCCAUGUUCAGACGGAUACUACAAAUGACUCCUGGCAAGGGAGGUUCUCAGAACGCAGAAUCCGAGCCUCCCAGCAGCACCGACCUCAACCAUGAUCAGACACCUGAUCAGACAUCAGAGGGCUUCAUCUGUCCUCAGUGCAUGAAGUCUCUCAACUCUGCAGAGGAGCUUUGUAAACACUAUGAGCUGUUCCACGACACGGGAGACCUCCCUGCUCAUGUGGCCCCCACUCGUGAAGACCUUACAAUGCUGCGGCAGGAGGUUCAGGACUUGCAUGCUUCUCUUAAGGAGGAAAGAUGGUUCUCCGGAGAACUAAAGAAGGAAUUAGACAAAGUUCAAGGACAUCUAAAGCCAAACGAUGGACAGAUGAGCUCAGAGGAUGCAGUUCUGGAAAGGAAGUUGGUUGAAGCCGAGACGGAGAAGUUCAACAUUAAACAGAUGAAAGACCUGUUUGAGCAGAAGGCUGCACAGCUGGCCACAGAGAUAGUAGACAUAAAGUCUCGUUAUGAUGAGGAGAAAAGUCUGAGGGAGGCUGCUGAUCAGAGGCUUGCCCAUCUGGUCGAACAACUGCAAAAGGAGAAGCAGGGCAACGAGAGACUCCAAACUGAGCUGCUACAGCGACCGGGAGUGGAGGAUGUGGAGGUUCUGCAGAAGGAGCUGGUCCAGGUUCAGACGCUGAUGGACCAAAUGACCCGUGAGAGGGAGGAGGAGUCCGAGCGGCUCAGAAACCAUUACGCAGAGCUUCAGGCUAACUACACUACCUCAGAGAUUCAAAAACUGGAGAAGACCAUUUCUCAGCUGAAAGCGGAGCUGGAAAAGGGUCCGCAGGAAGCAGCCGUCUACACACAACAGAUCCACCAGCUGCAGAGCAAUCUGAAUAAUUUGCAGCAACAAUGUCAGAGUCUGUCUGAAAAGCUUUCGCGAAAAGAGAAGGCGUAUCAAGAACUGGAGGAGCACCUGGGAGUUCAGAAAACUGCCAAGAUGGAAGUCCAGGACCGGCUGAGGGAGAGGGAGUCGGAGGUGCAGGAGCUGCAUGCCCGGGCCGCAGGGGCAGAAGCCUCCCUGCAGAAGGCCCAGAUSGAGCUCGCAGAGAGGGCCGAGGAGGCGGCCAAGCUCGAGAGCGAGGUCGCAGAGCUGGAGGUGAAGAACGCAGAGCUGAAGGUGGAGAGGAAACAGUUGGAGCAGCAGAGGGAAGAAAAAGAAAGUAAAGGUGCUCAGCAGCAGACUGAGAUCAGUCAGCUUCAUACCAAACUCCUGGAGGCCGAGCGGCAGGUGGGCGAGCUGCAGGGUCGUCUGAAGGAGCAGAGGCAGCUGUCGGGGGAGAAACUGAAGGACCGCGAGCAGCAAGCAGCCGACCUGCAGCUCAAACUCUCCCGUGCUGAAGAGCAGCUGAAGGAGAGCAGCAGUAAGAACACAGACCUGCAGCAUCAGCUGGAGAAAGCCAAGCAGCAGCACCAGGAGCUGCAGGCGCUGCAACAGAACACCAACGGCAAACUGCGGGAGGCCCAGAACGACUUGGAGCAGGUGCUGCGUCAGAUUGGAGACAAAGACCAGAAGAUCCAGAACCUGGAAGCUCUGCUUCAGAAGAGCAAAGACAUCGUGAGUCAGCUGGAGGCUGAGAGGGAGGACCUGUGUGCCAAAAUCCAGGCUGGGGAGGGAGAGACGGCAGUCCUUAACCAGCUUAAAGAGAAGAACCAUGCACUGCAGGAACAGGUGACACAGUUGACUGACAAGCUGAAGAACCAAUCAGAGAGUAACAAGCAAGCCCAGGAUAACUUACACAAGCAGGUCCAGGAGCAGAAGACCCUGCUGCGUUCAUCCCAGGACCGAGCUCAGACCCUGGAGACGUCCGUCAGCGAGCUCACCGCUCAGCUCAUGAACACCAAGGAGAAGGUGUCUCAGCUGGAUGCUCAGCUGAAGGCAAAAACAGAGCUGUUGCUGUCGGCAGAAGCAGCCAAGGCUGCUCAGAAAGCCAACCUGGAGAACAACCUGGAGGCRGCUCAGCAUGCUCUGCAGGACAAACAGCAGGAACUGAARAAAGUUCAGAAGAAGGUUGAGGAGAAAGCCCAGAGGCUGAAAGAGAGACAGGAGCAGUGUGCUCAGCUAGAGACCAGCCUGAAGGAGUGGAAAGACAAACUGCUGGCUUCAGAGCAACGAGUUGAGCAGCUGGAGGGCCUCAAUAAGAAACUGGAGUCACAGCUAGCUGAAGCCCAAAGCACACGGGACCAGCUGCAGCAGGAGGUGCAGAAACUGCAGAAGGAGAAUUCGGAGGUAAAACGGAAAGGAAAGGAGCUGCAGCGCUUUCUGGAAACCGAGAAGGAAGGAGCUAAAAACCUUCAAGAGGAAUUAAAGAAAAAGGCUGCAGCUCUGAGCGACGUCCAGCAGCAGUUGGAGCGCUGCGAACAGGAGGUGACUGCUCUGAAGGUGAAUCUGGGUAAGGUGACCCAGGAAGGAAAGAAUCAACAAGCAGAGCUGAGCAAGAAGGCCCAGAGUCUGACGGUGGAGCUGCAGAGGARCCAGCAGGAGAAAGAAGCUCAGAGGAAGGAGCUUUCUGCUGCUCAGGAMAGCUUAGAAAAGACUAACAAGGCACUGAAAGACAGUCAAACCCAACUGAACUCAGAGAGGAAGAACCAUAAAUCAGCCAUGGAGGAGAAGGAAAAAUCCACUGAAAAAACAAGGCAGGAGCUUUUAAAAACUAACGAGUCCACCACAAAGGCCAUGAAGGAUUCUCAGGAGCAGCUGCAGCAGAUGAAAGAGGCAGAGAAAAAGUUGAAGGCACAGCUGACGUCCGUGGAGCAGCAGCGCUCCAAGACUCAGGAAACACUGAAGCAGAAGGAGGCGGAGUUAGAGAAGACACGGGCGGAGCUUGAAACCAUUCAGGGGUCUUUAGAGGAGGAGGUGAAGAAGCUGAAGGGCCAAGUGACGGAGCUGCAGGACGUCUGUGUCAAGAAGGCAGAAGAAGAAAGAAAACUGAGCGCUCAGGUGUCGGAGCUCAGACAGGAGUUAACGUCUGAGAAGAGCCGGACAGCAGACCUGCAGAAAGCCUCGCAGCAAAACCAGCUGGUCUUUACCAAACUUCAGUCUGACUUCUACGGCAAAGAGUCGGAGGUUUCUGCUCUGCGACAAGACCUCAAGGCGUCCGAGGACAAAUUGAGCGUGGCCCAGGAGGAGCUGGCUGCUAAUCGGACCCAUCAGACGGGUUUGGAGGCUCAGAUCCAGGAACUGAAAGCGGGCCGCAGCUCGUUAGAGCAGGAGCUCUCCAYACGAGAUCAGGAGCUCCAGCGGCAGGAACAAAUGGUGAAGGAGCUGCAGAAGCAACAGGGUCAGGUUAACAAGGAGCUGCAGGACGAGAGAAACAAGAUGGAGGAGCUGAACAACGCCAAGACCGCUCUGGAAAAAAACAACACAAAACUCUCGUCUGAGUUAAAAACAUUUAGAGAGAAGAGCGAGAAGGAGCUGGGUGAGCUGCGGGAAGUCAAACAGCUGUUGAUCCAGCAGAAGCUGGAGCUGCAAGGUCAGGUGGAGGCAGCACAGGGAGCCCUCAAACAGGAGCAGAAAGACCACCAGACCACCAGGGACAGCAGGAGCAAAAGAGAGGAGCAGCUCCUCAGCCAAACAAAAGAAGUCCACAAUCAGCUGGCGGCAGAGAAGCGAGCCCGAGAGGAGCAGGUGAAGCUGGGCGAAGAGGCCGAGGCCAAGCUGAGCGUGCAGGUGUCGGCUCUGAACGAGAACAUGGCCACGCUGAAGAGGGAGUGGCAGAGCAGCCAGAGGAGYGUGGGCGAGCUGGAGAAACAGACCGACGAGCUGAGGGGAGAGAUUGCUGUGCUGGAGGCCACGGUCCAGAACAAUCAGGACGAGCGGCGGGCUCUUCUGGAAAGGUGUGUGAAAGGUGAAGGGGAGAUCGAGAAGCUGCAGACCAAAGUGAUGGAGCUCAGGAGGAAGCUGGACGACACGACGGCGGCCAUGCAGGAGCUCGGCAGAGAGAACCAGUCGCUCCAGAUCAAACAGUCCCAAAGUUUGACCCGAAAGUGGGCCGAGGACCAUGAGGUUCAGAACUGCAUGGCCUGUGGGAAAGGCUUCACCGUCACCGUCAGAAAGCACCACUGCCGGCACUGCGGGAACAUUUUCUGCGCCGAGUGCUCGUCUCGGAACGCCCUGACGCCGUCCUCCAAGAAGCCGGUCCGGGUGUGCGAGACGUGUUUCGAGGAGCUCCAAGGCUGAUGGGUUUUUAUUUUUAACUUUUUCAUCUCAUCCCCUUACCUCCUCCAAUCCUUACAUUCUCCAUUCCAAUGAGCAGAAAUAGUCUGUCAUUUUUAACGUGCACUAUGAAGGAUAAACCAAGUACGCAGACUCCUGUCAGACUCCUGGUUCUGAUGUUUCGGMGGAGGGGAGGAUAAUUAAAGGGAUCCACUGAGGAGACACCAGAAUCAUUAUGGGACGAGAUCAGUUUUGUCUGUAUCUAUUUUUGUGCCUUUGCUACUCCUGUGGACUGCCAGAGAGCGGAAACAGUGAGGAUGAAGCAUCGUCCGUCUCUUCAAACUCUCAUCCAUCGCUGUCCGGCCUCGUUAGCCACGGUGUUAAAUGUUCACAUAUUGUGGAGUAAUUCUGCCCUACAAAGGUAAAAUAUGAGUUACUUUAAUAUUUAUUUCUAACCUAGGACAGAGAAAUCACUGUAAAGUCAAAACUUAGGCAAAAAUAAUUAAUUUUUUAUCACUUUUCAAUCAAAUGAUGAGAAAAUAAUGUAGGUGUAACAUAAUUCAGUUUAUACUAACACCUUUUACACGAGGGGUUGUUGGUGUUUUAAUUUAUAUUUGUGCAAACUGUCAUGAGGACAGAACAGUAUUUUAAAUGCACAAGGAUGCAUUUUUGUUUUAUUGUUUUCACUACACGAGGUUUCUGUCAGGUGUAACUCAUGUUUUAACAAAGUUGGGAUGUUGUGUUAAAUAUACAUAAAAACAUAAAUCUGAUAAACCCAUAUUUUAUUCUCAAAGAAGCAUAAAUAUGGGUCGUUUCAUUUUAAUUUUUUUUCCCAAUGUCCCAACUGUUUUGGAAUUAAUUUGUAUAUAUUUUAUAUAUAUUUUGGUUUUGAAUGCUCAGUAGGAACAGCCCCAAAGACAGCAGUUAAUUAGCCAMUUUGUACACCAGCUCUUAUCAGUAUCUGCAGAAAAUGCAUCGAAUCAGUUCAUGUGUUUCCUUUGUGCGGCAGACUUUGUAAGGAAAAGGAAAGUUUAACGUCUGUUUCACGACCAAAGAAUGUGUGUGUGCAGCGUGACUCCAGCGGAGGUGAAAGUCCUGAGUUUGACUGUCUUCAGUGUUUUUAGAGCUUCGCCUGGAAGCUUUUUGAGUUUUAGUCACAGGAUCGGACAUUUUCAUCUUAAAAGAAAGAAGAAAGAAAAACUGCACGCUCUGUGAUCAGUCUUGUCUGACGGCUGUUUUUUUUUUCUGUGUAUUUUCUACAAAUUGUGGUGCUUUUUGCAGAAUGGUCAUGCAGCCUUUGAAGGUGUCUGUGUUGUCUUUUUUUUUCCUGCUGCUUGUUUUCACUCAUCAGCACUGACUCCAGCGGAAGGUGUGUGUGUGUGUGUGUGUGUGUGUGUGUGUGUGUGUGUGUGCGCGCGCGUGUGUGUGUGUUUAGGACUGCUCAGAUCUGUUGUAUGAACGUGAGCUUGGGGGACUUCAUUGCUGCUUUCAAGUACAGCAGUAAAUUGCAGUUCUUUGUCCAGAUGAGAACACUGUAAAUGUAAAUUCCUGCUUUGUUUAACUGAUAUUUGUUCGGGACGAUCUCUUGUGCAAUUGUCUGUAGACUGGAGCAGGUGGAAACACUGGAAGCCAGACUAUGCACACUGUUCUUCAGCUUCUGUCAGCUCUUUGUGCUUGUUUUUAUUUUUACAUUUUUUUAACGCUCGUCAGUACUGAAGAAUGUCCUUUUCGAACGCGAGUAAAAAAAAAACUCGUUUUUUGGAGUUUAAUUGGUUUUUGUCUACCUCAGGUUGGCAGAGAAAAAAAAAGCACUAUUUCUAAACUUCAGGCACAGUUGGACAGAACUGUGCAAAAGUCUUAGGUUAUGUCUCAGUUCUUUACUUUUACUUCCAAGCAGCCAGACUUCCUUGUAUUUAUUGAUGAUCUUAUCUCAGUGUUCUGUCCUUUCAGACGAAACAUCUAAUUUAACUGAGGCUGGUUUAAAACUUCUGCACAGUGCUGUCUCUUUGCCUGCAUUCGAUGUAGGAUUUCUGACUGUUCCGUCAUGUUGGACAGUCCCUUAACUCCAGAUAAAAAAUUUGCACCUUAUAGUAUUCUGGGCUCACCUUCAGCAUUUCCUGCUCUGCGUUCUGACGCCUGACAUGUUUGUAAAUGUUUGRGACGAGGCGAGUAAAUUACUUCUUCGUGCACGUAGAAACGUGAAAACAGUGAAACUGUGUUUGGAUUUGUCUUAACUCAUUUUCUACAAAAUGAUUUUGACCGCAGACGUGCACWCGCUGAGCCGCGGCUCGAUCUGCUGCUGCUGGUCCGACGGGCUCCACGUUCGGUCUUCGUACUUAUCGGGUCGUGCUGGWGGGCCUUUAGAGACUGGGAUCCUGCAGGUCCUGCAGUCUGUGGGACUUCAGUUGAGCUGAAGAAAGGAGGGGAGGGAUGUAAUUUAUGCUCACAUGCACCAUGUUGAUUUUCUUACUCAUUGUCAUUGCAAAUUUAAAUAAAAAUCUACAUUAUGUUUCUAGA